GCAGAGUGGUGGAAGUCAUGGCUAUGGCCACAAGGGUGCUGGCUCAAUCUACUCCACCGUCUUUGGCCUGUUACCAGAGGAAUGUCCCCUCUCGUGGCUCCGGCCGAUCGAGAAGAUCGGUGAAAAUGAUGUGUAGUCAGCUUCAAGUCUCUGGUUUAAGAAUGCAAGGGUUUUUAGGAUUACGUGGGAACAAUGUCUUAGACACACUAGGAAGCAACCGUCACAAUUACAUUGGAUCCGAGCACCUUCUUCUUGGGUUGCUACGUGAAGGUGAAGGUGUUGCUGCUCGAGUCCUUGAGAAUUUAGGUGCAGAUCCUAGUAAUAUUCGCACACAGGUGAUACGCAUGGUGGGUGAGAACAAUGAGGUCACUGCUAAUGUUGGUGGAGGAAGCAGCAGCAACAAGAUGCCUACUCUUGAAGAGUACGGAACAAACUUGACGAAACUGGCUGAGGAGGGUAAACUGGACCCAGUUGUUGGAAGGCAGCCUCAGAUAGAACGUGUGGUACAGAUUCUUGGCAGGAGAACCAAGAACAACCCGUGUCUUAUUGGAGAACCUGGUGUUGGUAAGACAGCUAUUGCUGAAGGACUUGCACAGCGUAUUGCCAGUGGAGAUGUUCCUGAAACCAUUGAGGGGAAAAAGGUUAUAACACUUGACAUGGGUCUUCUUGUUGCUGGAACAAAAUACCGUGGAGAGUUUGAAGAGAGAUUGAAGAAGCUUAUGGAGGAAAUAAAACAGAGUGACGAGAUCAUCUUGUUUAUCGAUGAAGUGCAUACUUUGAUUGGGGCAGGAGCAGCGGAAGGUGCAAUUGAUGCAGCUAACAUUUUAAAACCAGCUCUCGCUAGAGGUGAAUUGCAGUGCAUUGGAGCGACAACAUUAGAUGAAUACCGAAAGCACAUUGAGAAAGACCCUGCGUUGGAAAGAAGAUUCCAGCCAGUGAAAGUACCUGAACCUACCGUGGAUGAAACCAUUCAGAUAUUGAAGGGUCUGCGAGAGCGAUAUGAAAUUCACCACAAGCUUCGUUACACUGACGAAUCUUUAGUUGCAGCUGCACAGUUGUCAUACCAGUAUAUAAGUGAUCGUUUCCUUCCUGACAAGGCCAUUGACUUAAUCGAUGAAGCUGGUUCUCGGGUUCGUCUUCGUCAUGCACAGGUCCCAGAGGAAGCUAGGGAGCUUGAGAAGGAGCUUAGGCAGAUAACAAAGGAGAAGAAUGAAGCUGUCCGUGGCCAAGACUUUGAGAAGGCUGGGACACUUCGUGACAGAGAAAUUGAACUCAGAGCCGAAAUAUCUGCUAUCCAAGCGAAAGGCAAGGAGAUGAGCAAAGCAGAGAGUGAGACUGGUGAGGAAGGUCCUAUGGUCACAGAGUCAGACAUCCAACACAUUGUCUCUUCAUGGACUGGUAUCCCCGUAGAGAAAGUAUCAACGGAUGAGUCUGAUCGUCUCCUAAAGAUGGAAGAAACCCUCCACAAACGUGUCAUAGGCCAAGACGAAGCUGUCAAGGCCAUAAGCAGAGCUAUUCGCCGUGCACGUGUCGGCCUCAAGAACCCUAACCGACCAAUCGCCAGUUUCAUAUUCUCUGGUCCAACCGGUGUUGGGAAAUCAGAGCUUGCCAAAGCUUUAGCAGCUUACUACUUCGGAUCUGAAGAAGCCAUGAUCCGUUUAGAUAUGAGUGAGUUCAUGGAGAGGCACACCGUGUCAAAACUCAUCGGUUCGCCUCCAGGAUACGUCGGAUACACAGAAGGAGGUCAGCUAACGGAAGCAGUUCGCCGUCGUCCUUACACAGUCGUUCUAUUCGACGAGAUCGAAAAGGCUCACCCAGAUGUUUUCAACAUGAUGCUUCAGAUCCUCGAAGACGGUAGAUUAACAGACAGCAAAGGAAGAACAGUCGACUUCAAGAACACGCUUCUCAUCAUGACAUCGAACGUAGGAAGCAGCGUGAUCGAGAAAGGAGGAAGACGUAUCGGUUUCGACUUAGACUACGACGAGAAAGACAGCAGCUACAACAGAAUCAAGAGCCUUGUGACAGAGGAGCUGAAACAGUACUUCAGACCGGAGUUCCUAAACAGGCUUGACGAGAUGAUUGUGUUCAGACAGCUGACGAAGCUGGAAGUGAAAGAUAUCGCGGACAUACUGUUGAGGGAAGUGUUUGAGAGGCUGAAGAAGAAAGACAUUGAGCUUCAGGUGACGGAGAGGUUCAGAGAGAGAGUAGUGGACGAAGGUUAUAACCCUAGCUAUGGAGCUAGACCUUUGAGAAGAGCGAUCAUGAGGCUUUUGGAAGAUAGUAUGGCAGAGAAGAUGCUUGCGAGAGAGAUUAAAGAAGGAGACUCGGUGAUUGUUGACGUUGACUCUGAAGGUAAAGUCACUGUGCUUAAUGGUGGAAGUGGUACUCCCACUAGUUCCUUGGAGGAGCAGGAAGAUUCUCUCCCUGUCGCU